CAGCGGCCGCUCCCCUGCAGCGUCCAGCCUAGAAGAUACCUCGAUACCCGGCUGCGUAAACAGAGGGGCGAACCGGACCGGACCGAGGAUGAGCGAACUGGUCAAGAAUUCUGCGUCCACGUCUGCAAACGCGACCCCGGCCCCGGGUUCGGAUACCUACAAGGGCUGGCUUUUUAAAUGGACUAACUAUCUGAAAGGCUACCAACGGAGAUGGUUCGUCCUCAGCAACGGACUGUUGUCAUAUUACAGGACCCAGGCGGAGAUGGCGCACACGUGCCGCGGCACCAUCAACCUGGCCACGGCUCACAUCGACACCGAGGACGCGUGUAACAUCGUGCUGAACAGCGGCGGGCGCACCUACCACCUGAAAGCCGGCACCGAAGUGGAGAGGCAGAAAUGGGUGACGGCGCUGGAGCUGGCCAAAGCCAAAGCCAUCCGAAUGAUGAACGAGCAGUCUGAUGACUCCGGCGAGGAAGAGCCCACGUCACGCUCGGACCGCAGCGAACUGCAGGGGGCUCUGAAGACCUUGGCGAGUAAGCUUGACGAUCUGUGUACGUGUAACGAUCUGAUCGCUAAACACGGAGCGGCGCUGCAGCGUUCUCUCAGCGAGCUCGAGGCCCUGCGGAUCCCCGUCGAGGGCAACGAGAAGAUCAAGGCCGUCAACGAGAGAGCCACUCUGUUCCGCAUCACCUCCAAUGCUAUGAUCAAUGCAUGCCGGGAUUUUUUGGAGUUGGCUGAAAGCCACAGUCGAAGAUGGCAGCGCGUCCUGCAGCAUGAGCGAGAGCAGCGUACCCACCUGGAGGAGACGAUAGAGCAGCUGGCAAAGCAGCACAACAGUCUGGAAAGAGCGUGGAGAGAGGCGCCGACACACACGUCCAACACCCCCGAUACCACCUCCACACACACCGGAGUGAGUGAGAGGACCCGGAAAGAGGAAGCGAGUGAUGAUGAGGAUACAGAAUUUUUUGAUGCCAUGGAGGAUUCACCUGCAUUUAUCACAGUGAAUGCCACAGAUGCCUCUCAGCACAGGCGCUCUCAGAGUAAUUUAAGUGGUGCCAGCAGUGGGAACACCGGUGACUGGAACCUGGAGGAUCAUACCUCUCCAAGCUGUAACGAUUUGGCGGGGAGAGAGGUACAGAUGCGCAGAAGAAGGCGAACCCGAAUCUCAGACAAACCCAACUACUCCCUGAACCUUUGGAGUAUUAUGAAGAACUGCAUUGGCAAAGAGCUCUCCAAAAUUCCCAUGCCUGUGAAUUUUAAUGAGCCCUUGUCCAUGCUGCAGCGUUUGACGGAGGAUCUGGAGUACAGCGAGCUGUUAGAUAAAGCUGCUCGCUGUGAGAAUUCUCUGGAACAGAUGUGUUUGGUGGCCGCUUUCUCUGUCUCGUCCUAUUCCACCACUGUUCACCGCACAGCUAAACCGUUCAACCCCCUGCUGGGAGAAACAUACGAGCUUGACCGGAUUGAAGAAUACGGCUACCGCUCCCUCUGCGAGCAGGUCAGUCAUCAUCCUCCAGCUGCUGCCCAUCAUGUCAUAUCACAGCGAGGCUGGACUCUGUGGCAGGAAAUCACCAUCGCCAGCAAGUUUCGGGGCAAAUACCUGUCCAUCAUGCCACUGGGUGACAUUCACCUGCAGUUCCAUGCGAGUGGGAACCACUACGUGUGGCGUAAAGUGACCUCCACCGUCCACAACAUUAUUGUGGGCAAAUUGUGGAUCGACCAAUCAGGGGACAUAGACAUCGUGAAUCACAAAACCAAAGAGACGUGUCAACUUAAAUUCUCUCCGUAUAGCUACUUUUCACGGGAAGUUCCACGCAAGGUGACAGGUGUGGUGUCCGACUGUGACGGACAGGCGCACUACAUCCUGUCAGGAACGUGGGAUGACCGAAUGGAGAGCGCCAAGAUCGUGCAGAGCAGCCGGGGCAGCAGCAGCACCGAGGGCAAACAGAAAACCGUCUACCAAACACUCACGCCCCGCCUGCUGUGGAAGAAGUACCCACUCCCAGAUAAUGCCGAGAACAUGUACUGCUUUUCAUCUCUGGCUCUCACCCUGAACGAAGAGGAGGACGGGGUCAGUCUGACGGACAGCCGUCUGCGGCCGGACCAGCGGCUGAUGGAGGAGGGACGGUGGGACGAGGCCAACACGGAGAAACAAAGGCUGGAGGAGAAACAGAGAGCCGUGAGGAGGAGGAGGGAGGCCGAAGCGUCCGACGCCAUCAAUGAAGGUCAUGAGUACGAGGGUUACCAGCCGCUCUGGUUCCAUCAGAGGACAGACCCACUGACUGGCGAGACCAACUUUGUGUAUAAAGGGGGUUACUGGGAGGCCAAAGAGAGGCAGGACUGGAGUAUGUGCUCAGAUAUCUACUGAAAAAUGAGAACAGGGGCUGAGGACACCCCUACACACUCAGGCAGGGACACAGUGCUGCCUCAGGAGGAUACAGCCGCCAGGGUUGUGUGGAACUGAGUGUGUCAGCACCCGUCACACAUGCUCUCUUGCCUAAAUGCUAAGGUUGUAUCUGUAAGUGUGUGUGUGUGUGUGUAGGCACACGUGUAGAUGGGGCAACUGUAAACUCUAUUUAAAGUGUCCCACAAUUCUUCCAAAGCAAAUCAGGUGCCGUUUCUUCAGAAACGCCCUUUAUAGUGCACUCACCAUCUCUCCAGCCAGCCAGCACCCAGGCUUCUACAAAGAAAUGUCCCCACCCCUCGCUCACUUCAUUCAUCCAUACUGGAAGAGAACCUGAAGGAAGAAAGUGAUCUGAUAUUACUUCAGUCAGUCUUAUGUAGGAUUUAGAAUGUGCACCUUUAUAUCAUUUGCAUAUCCUUAGGAAGACGAACUCUCAUUGGAUAACCUCGUUAUAACCUUCAAAACUGCAUAAAGAGCAGAUUUUUUCAUGAUCUACUUCAACUGUAAUGUGGGUAAGACCACAAACAAUCUUGUACUUUGUACUUUAAUAUGUUUCCUGGUACUAAGAACAAAAACAAAAAUGCAUUUAUUGGGAACUCAUAUAUAAUGGACGUCCUGGUACAGCAGUUAAAUUAAUUCAUUCAUUUAUUCUCUAUCACAGUUUUAUCCUGUUCAGGGUCGUGGUGGGUCUGAUUCAUUAAACAGGUUGCCAGUCCAUCACAGGGCAGACACACACAUAUACACACACACACACACACACACACACACAUUUACACACACUCACACUUAGGUCAGUUUUAGUAGCUCCAAUUAGCCUGACUGCAUAUCUCUGGACUUGUGGGACUUGUGUGGGGCGUCUAUACAGACAUGAUUGGCUAUGUUUGGUGGGCAGGAUGCCAAACUGCCCAGCCCUUGGCAGAUUAAGUGCACUCUCAAGCCCCGGAUAAAAUAAGGAGGGUUGAGUCAGGAAGAAAAACUGUGCCAAAUCAGAUAUGCAGAUCUGAAUGAUUCGCUGAGGCGACCCCUAAGUACAAAAGCAAAAUAAAUACAUACAAAAAUAAAUAACUUUACUGCAGAUUGUAUGAAAGGAUUCAUCAAAAUGUUUUACAUAAACCUUGAAUAACUUAAAUUACAAUAUGAGAUUUUUUUGUAUAAACAUUUUUGCGGCUCUUUCCAUGGUACCGGGUAUUGUUGUUGAAGUUGUUGUUGUUGUUAGUCACAACCAUCACUGAUUCUCCUAAGAUUGGGCAUGGAUUGCAGAAGUAAAGGCCACAAUACAAAUUAGGUAAAUGGAUAUGACUAGACUGUGAGAAAAUAUGGAAAAUGUAAAAAUACCCACCUACCAUUAACACCUACUAGAUUGUCUUGUUGCACAAGAAGCUUUAAGCAGGUAUUUAGUGUCCUAACUCUCCAUAAUUCAUAUUUUUACUAUAGGAUUCCUUUCUAACUUUAAAUCUCUGAAGUGCCGAGAGCAGCUUGUUGUUGCUUAGUGACACACUUUAUACAUAUAUUUUUUCAUUUAAAAUACUAUACUUCAGCACUGAGGUGGCACAGCAGUAAAUUAUGCUAGCCCACUACUGCUGGGAUCCAGUGUUCAAAUCCUGCAGCGACACUGACCAGAAUAAAGUGGUGGUAAGAAAUGAAAUGAAAAAUGAAAUUCUGUACUUCAAACUGAAAAAGAAAUUUCAUUAAUGUUGUCAGUCAGCCAAGAUGUGUUUGGUGUGUAAGGGGUUUCUUUUAAAUUGUUGGUCAUGUGACGGUUACCAGCCUGGCAGGGUGAAGGCUACCACAUAGAGACACGGAAAAUCAGCGGCUUAAUGCAACGUUACAGGGCAAUUAUGAGGGUUCUCUUCUGUAUAAUUAGGCUUACAGAAGACUGAGAUUGUGCUGAGAUCAGUGUUAUUUUGACCGUUUGGGAGAACAUGAAUGCCACCACUUCUACACAGAGAGCUGCACUAAUUACAAACCUUUGGACUCCUGGUCAUGGUUCUGUAUGGCAUUGCUAAGGUCCAAAAAGGUCAAAAGUCUACCUGAUUGAUUCAGUGUAAAACUAUGUUGUCAUUUACACCUGUUUAGCUUUCCAGUACAGUUGUGCCUUUAUAUUUCUGAAGGCUGAAGUACAGUAUAUGAGCCAGAAUAAUGACAAACUCUUCACCUGGCUGUUCUGAUUGUUUUUUAAACAGCUAGAUGAAUAAAACAGCAGGUUGCUUAAAAGCAUCAUCGUCACAUUAGACAUUACAUACAUGUUAUCAUUUCACUGAACAUCUCAAGGUCCAUACAAAAACUACCUGCACCUGUAUACACAUGUUGCCAAUGAUUGUGGCUGAACCACCUGACCUCAAUAACUAAUAGCGGUGUCCACAUACUUAGUAAGUCACCAAAAGAAAUUAAGUUGACCAGGGGUGUCCCAACUUUUCCAAAAGACUGGAUGUAAAAUACUGUCGGCUUUUAUUACCUCGUGGCUAAUUAGUGAAAGGUCAGACAUCAAAGCUGUUUUUGCUGAUUGAAUGAAUACUUUUGGAUGAACGGGAAAAUUGUGUACAUUAGAUUUCUCAUGAAUUGUCAUCAAAGUAGAAACUUUAUCUAGAAAAAUGAUUUCAGUCUCCGUGGAUCCACAGCGGAACAAUGUUCUGUUCAGUAUUGACAGACUGAAUGGAACCCUCUCAGUUUUUGUGUCUUAAACCCCACUGUGGAGUUCUGCAGGCUGGAGAAAAGGAAACUGUUUCCUCUCAUAUGUGAACUGUUUUUUUUUCUAAACACUGUUAAGAAUGUAGAAUUUAGAUGCCAGGUAUGAUUUUACCUGUUCGGACUCUGGUGUGUUUAUUUUUAAAUAAUGAACUAAAUAACCUGAACAACACUUACAAUAGGAUUAUAAUGAAAUUACGAGAAUCUAGUACAGAUGUGAUUUAAUGAAUCUAACAAGCGUAUACUGUAAAUUUGUCUUAUACUUCUAAAAUGAUUCAGCUAGGCAAAAUGUUUUAAUUUUUGACAAGCUUCUGUGAUUUGAUUUAAAAUUUUCUUAUUUUGUAUUAAAAGACAUUUGCUCACA